AGGCACUGACAGGAGAGAGGGGCAUGAUCUGGCAGGCGUCCUGCAGGAACUUAAACUCUUUUUAAACUAUUGAGUUGGAUAGCAUCGGCUCUCGACGUUCAAGUGACAUUUUUUCACGUGUCUGUCACCUGUACAGGAAAUAAUUAUCGCUGUCAUUCUUCUGAGUAUUUGUGUGACGCAUGGAAAUGUGGUGGUUUAAACUGGCACAGUCAGUUAAUAUGUCAAGCGCUCCCACAACAGCAAAUAACUCAACCGCAACCGCUGUCGUAGUUUGACACCUUUUUCGAACAAGCUGUGUGCAUUACGGGCUUUUUGACUUAUAACAUGACCUCUGCAUCGUUACUGUUGCUUUUCACAUGCCUUGUUCUACUCCCCCCUGUAGUAACUCAGCCCGCCGCUCCAGGGGCAGGCCCGAAUAGUGUCAUCCACGUGGUUAUCAUUGGAGGGACUGGGGAUUUGGCUCAGAAGUAUUUAUGGCGAGGGUUUUUUGAGCUGUUCCAGGAGAGACAUGGCAAGGAUGUGUGGUACAAGUUUUAUGGAAGUUCUCGUGGUUCCUCGGAUGAGGAGGCCCCAAAGUUACUGACCAUUCUCAAUACUAAGCUGACCUGUGUAGACAGCAGAACAUGUGAGGAACAAAAGAGCAAAUUUAUAAACCAAACUCAGUACUUCCAACUGAAAACCGAACAUGACUACCAACAACUGGCUAAACAUCUUCAUGAAAGUGCUCGAGACAAGUAUGGCAAAGAAAUAGGGCGUGUGUUUUAUUUGUCCUUACCACCCAGAGCAUACUUGCGCGUAUCAAAUUUAAUUCAUCAGCAUUGUCGUCCGGAGAAUGACUCCACCUGGAUUAGACUGGUGUUAGAAAAACCAUUUGGUCAUAAUAAGGAGACUGCUUUGAAUAUGACAAAAGUUCUGACUAGCCAGUUUCAGGAAGAUGAGAUAUACAGAGUGGACCAUUAUCUGGGCAAAGGUGUUGUAAAACACAUUUUACCUCUCAGGGCGAUGAACAGAGAAAAUCUGGAUGAACUGCUAAACAGAAAUCAUGUGGAGAGAGUGGAAAUUUCCAUGCUUGAGACUGUUGGACUGAAAGGCCGUGUGGACUUCUAUGACCAAUAUGGGGUCAUUUGUGAUGUAAUGCAGAAUCACAUGUUAGAGAUGAUGACUCUAAUAGCUAUGGAUUUGCCAGUCAAUAUUUCUGAUUCUGACCAGAUUAAAGACAACAAAUUACGCUUGAUCAAGCAGAUUGUCAAGGUUCAGGGGAGAUCACUCUUGACAGCUCAGUAUGAUAACUAUCAAGUGGACGGCGCUCAGGAAUCUGGGAACUCUAAUUUCUCCAGUGAGACGGCCACAUUCGCCGCGGCAGUCUUGAACAUAAACAGCCCCAGAUGGCAGGGUAUACCCUUCAUUCUCGUGUCGGGUAAAAAACUUAAGGAGAGGGUCAGUUACAUCAGAAUCAUUUUUAAAAAUAGUGUAUUUAAUUUGGCUAAUAGUCGGCCGUUUGCUGAUGAGAGAACGAUGCUCCAGCAACUGGUGUUUCAUAUAGAGCAUGGAUCGGAAUCAGAACCAGCGAUCUUUGCGAGCAGAUCUCUAGCCACCCUCAACAUUCCUAACAGUUUAACAUUCCACGCCAAAACUUUAUCAAAGACAAUUUACCAACAGCCUGCCGAUGAUAUACUGUCAUUUUGUCUGACCAACAAUGUGGAUGCUUAUACAGCUGUUAUAGUGAACAUACUGGAUGGGCGACAUGAACAUUUUGUUGGCUCGGAUCACCUUUUGUCGUUGUGGGAUGUCUGGUCCGGCGUCCUGUCCACAGAGUCCAUGGCUGCACCUAGACUGUAUAACCCCAGUCAGAGUGACAGCCAGCUGGCUUUCUCACUCAAGGCUGAUACUUUGACAUAUAACGUGAAAUUAACAAAAAAUGUCAUAAAUGCAAUAGACAAUGAUAAUCACCUCAAAAUUAAAGUAAAGCCGUCUGAAUUUUUAGAUGGAAAACUGGUUGUGAGCGAUACGGAUGAUGUAAUAUCUUCCAUGUCUGGUGAUAUUAGGACCUUAGUUGAGAGAGCUGUGGAGGAGAGGGGCAUGGCCCACGUAGCCUUCUCUGGUGGCCGCACUGCCCAAGGGUUAUUCCGAUACCUGGCUCAGCAGGGCUCUGAUCUCCCCUGGGCAUAUGUACAUAUCUGGUUAGUGGAUGAACGCUGUGUGGCUAUGAGUGACCAUCAGUCCAACUUUGACAGUCUGCAGCAAAAUUUGUUGUCAUUUGUAAACAUUCCGUAUUUAAACGUCCACCCCAUGUGGGUAGAGACGGCAGGGCGUAUUUGUGAGAUAGGGGAUAGGGCUGACCAGCUGUACGAAGCUUCGCUACGCCAUUGGUUGCCCAAUCUACAGUUUGAUUUGAUCGUAUUAGGGGUCGGGACGGAUGGUCACACGGCGUCUCUUUUCCCAGGCCAAGCCUCUCUUGGGGAGAGGAGCAGACUUGCAGUGAGAUCCACGGCGCCACACUCUGACGUCACACAUAGAAUCACCAUGACGUACACCACAAUUAACUCUGCUUGGAACGUUUUCAUUCUUGUCACAGGAGAAGGGAAACACGACAUCAUUCAGGUGAUUCAAAGUUCUGAAGCCGAUAAAAAUAAUUUCCCAAUAUUAGGUGUUCAACCAAAACAUGGCAACGUAACCUGGUAUAUGGAUGACAACUGCUUCUACGGAUGACUGCAAUUUGAAUGCAUUUAACAACUAUUUUUAUAACAAUAUUUAUUCAUCUGUCCAUUUAAAUAUGUAUUUUUGGUGUUGGUCAAAUGGAAAGUCUGCUUGAAAACAAAAGAAUCAUAUUCUUUCAAGAAUAAGUCUUCUUUGAAUCUUGGUCGAACCAUCCAUGGGGUCAAAUCUUCACUGUCCAUCUGCUUUGAAUGAGUCUCCGUCCGUAAUCUGCUCAUUUCAUAUGUAAUGUUGAUAAGAAUUAUGUUCAUCGUCGUUUUUGUUCUCUGUUUUGAUUGUGUUAUUAUUUUUUGAACUGUUUCGACGAGUUCUUCACAUUGGACCGCUAUCACGUUCGAAUCCAGCCCCGUCUAGCUCGGUCUGAUUGAUACGCCAGGAAAUGUAGUGAAACAUACUUAUAUCGAAUAAAGAAAUCAAAC